GGAAGUGCCAAUUACAACGCUGGAUGGAAAGGAUCCACGUGGGUACUUCCUCCGGUCCGGUCAAGCAGACACACACUGAAGGUUAAGCAAGCUGUUUGGGCUCUUUGUUGAACGGGACCAACGAGCAGUCCGGUGGGUUUGAGCGAGUGUGAACCGAAAGGUUAUUUGCCGAGAUGGACCCCAUGAAAGCGCAGCAGCUCGCCGCGGAGCUGGAGGUCGAAAUGAUGGCUGAUAUGUAUAACCGAAUGACUAAUGCGUGUCACAAGAAGUGUGUUCCGCCUCAUUACAAGGAAGCAGAACUUUCAAAGGGGGAAGCUGUGUGUCUGGACCGCUGUGUUGCCAAGUACUUGGACUUGCAUGAGAGACUUGGCCGUAAACUCACUGAGCUUUCCGUUCAGGAUGAAGAGGUGAUGAGGAAGGCCGCUGCGGGCACUGGAUAAGACCUGACAUGGACUCCAAGGGUGGGGCUGAAGGCCUUGGAUGGGCUCGGUGGGCACUUUGGACAUCCGUUACGGGGAAAUCAGGCAGCAUGUCCAUUGGACAUCAAUAUAAAUAUUAUAACAUGAACAAUAUUGAGACAAAUAUUGAUUCAAUGUUAGAUAUGCAAGGAGGUGGGAUACAGCUUGCCCCAGGAGUUGUUAGUUUGUUAGCAUGAACAUUAUUUACAUCACAGGAAUAAAACCUUGUGUGGUUGGGGAGAUAUUUUUGAGUGUUGUGAAAUUGUGUCCUUGUGAAAUCGUAGGUGACUUUUUUUAUGUUGACACGUCAUUGUAAUUUUUUACAUUCUCCGAGUCAUUUUACAAAAUGUACCUUUAUUGCAUAACAAAAUUAAAAUGUUUACCAAUCUGA